UCUGGAGGACCCAUCAUGGGAGGCCUGGCUGUCCUCCUCGCCGUGGCUCUGGCCACCCUCCUGGUUCCAGCGUCAGGGGCACCCAUCCACCGGCAGGGGUCCCGGAACAAGCUGCUCCUGGUGAGCUUCGAUGGUUUCCGCUGGAACUAUGACCAGGACGUGGACACCCCCAACCUGGACACCAUGGCGCUCGAUGGGGUGAAGGCUCGCUACAUGACUCCGGCCUUUGUCACCAUGACCAGCCCCUGCCACUUCACCCUGGUCACCGGCAAAUACAUCGAGAACCACGGGGUGGUUCACAACAUGUUCUACAACACGAGCAGCAAGGUGAAGCUGCCCUACCACGCCACACUGGGCAUCGAGAGGUGGUGGGACAACGGCAGCCUGCCCAUCUGGAUCACGGCCCAAAGGCAGGGCCUGAAGACCGGCUCCUUCUUCUACCCGGGCGGGAAUGUCACCUACCAAGGCGAGGCCGUGACGCUGAGCCGGAAGGAAGACGUCCUACACAACUACAAGGACGAGGUGGAAUGGAGGGCCAACAUCGACACUGUGAUGAAGUGGUUCACAGAAGAGGGCCUGGACCUGGUCACCCUCUACUUUGGGGAGCCAGACUCCACGGGCCACAAGUACGGCCCCGAGUCCCAGGAGAGGAAGGAGAUGGUAAUGCAGGUGGACAGGACCGUGGGCUACCUCCGGGACAGCAUCAGGAACAGCGGCCUGGAGAGCAGCCUCAACCUCAUCAUCGUGUCCGACCACGGCAUGAGCACCGUCAACAAGAAAGCCAGCGACCUGGUGGAGUUCCACAAGAUCGCCAACUUCACCUUCAAGGACAUUGAGUUCGAGCUCCUAGACUACGGACCAAACGGGAUGCUGCUCCCCAAGGAAGGAAGGCUGGAGAAGGUAUACGAGGGCCUCAAGGACGCCCACCCCAGACUCCACGUCUACAAGAAGGAGCUCUUCCCCAAGUCCUUCCACUACGCCAGCCACCCCAGGAUCACGCCCCUGCUUAUGUACAGUGACGUCGGCUAUGUCAUCCAUGGGAGAGUGAACGUGCAGUUCAACAACGGGGAGCACGGCUUCGACAACAACGUCAGGGACAUGAAGACCAUCUUCCGGGCCGUGGGCCCCAGCUUCAAGAGGGGCCUGGAGGUGGAGCCCUUUGAGAGCAUCCAUGUGUACGAGCUCGUGUGCAAACUGCUGGGCAUCGUGCCCGAGGCCAAUGACGGGCUGCUCAGCACCCUGCUGCCCACGCUCCAGGAGGCCAGCUCCUCGCUGACCACGACCCCCUCAGGUGCACCCCUGCCCUCUACCUGCACCCAUUGCACCUCCAGGCAGCUGCAGUACGACUGCCCGAGACCAAAGGAGACCAAGUUCAAAAAUGCGGAGGGCGCCUGGGCCCUCCGCGCCCCAAGCAGCGCCCCUCGGGGACAGGGGCAGGAAGCGGCCUCCUCGCCGAGUCCCAACUUCCCCCCCGCUUCGGGGCAGAACAAUGGCUUUUUGCCCGGAAAACGAAGUUCGGAGGAGGCCGGGCGCACCCCGGAGACCAAGCGGGACUCGACAGUUGAUCGCCAGGUCCGAAGAGGCAAGGGGCCUCCUUCUUCCCCGCGAGGGACCCGCCCGCGCUCGGCUGACCCACGCGCGCUCCCCGCGGCCCCAACCCACCCAGACCAGGCGCGCCGGACCCCCGCCCGGGGCGCGAAGCUGAUCCCGCCGUGA